UCAAGGUAGAUCCAGCACGCAACAUGGCAUCCACCUGUUCCCCCGGGAAGCCCAUCAUGGCGCUCGGCCUGCUUCUGUUUGCCUGCCUGCUGUCGUCAGGCCAUGCCUUUCUCGACAUCGACGACUGGGGCGAAGACUGGAGCGAAAACUUGUUGAGUUUUUGGAACGAAUUCUUGGUCGAUUACGUGGACGAAGACACGAACGACCGCUUGGUAGAAGUCUGGAACGAAUACUUCGACGGAGACGGGGACGGAGACCAGGGAGCAUUCUUGGACGAAAUCUUUAACGAAUUCUUCUUGAGCGUCCAGGGAGACUCGGCGGGAUUCUUGGCCGAAACCUUGAACGAAUUCAUGAUCGGAGACUCGGACUCGGAAGAGUGCCCAAACGACGCCAUGUGUGUAGAUAGUGGAGCGUGUAUCGAUGUACUGUGGCGAUGUGACGGGGAGGAUGAUUGCGGUGACGGUUCUGAUGAGCAGGGCUGCUGGAGCCGGGAGUGCCCUGAGCCCGACGAUGUCAGGUGUGAAAGAAGCGGAGCCUGUAUCGAUGACGAUCGGAAAUGUGACGGUGCGGAAGACUGCCCAGACGGUUCAGAUGAGAAGUAUUGCGCAGACGACACCUGUCCCCUGCCCAGUGUCUUCUGUGCACCUGAUGGUCCCUGCCUCCCGGACACGAGGCGCUGCGACGGCGUCGGGGACUGUCCCGACGGGUCCGAUGAGAGUGGCUGUGGGUCUACAAGUGGCCAAGAAGCGACCGAGGGCCCCAUAGCUGGCCAAGAAGUGACCGAGGACCCCGCAGCUCGCCAAGAAGUGACCGAAGGCCCCACAGCUGGCCAAGAAGGGACCGAGGGCCCCACAGCUGGCCAAGAAGCAACCGAGGGCCCCACAGCUGCUCAAGAAGGGACCGAGGGCCCCACAGCUGACCAAGAAGGGACCGAGGGCCCCACAGCUGACCAAGAAGCGACCGAGGGCCCCAUGGCUGGCCAAGAAGCGACCGAGGGCCCCACAGCUGGCCAAGAAGCGGCCGAGGGCCCCUCAGCUCGCCAUGAAGUGACCGAGGGCUCCACAGCUGGCCAAGAAGUGACCGAGGGCCUCACAGCUGGCCAAGAAGUAACCGAGCGCCCCACAGCUGGCCAAGAAGCGGCCGAGGGCUCCACACCUGGCCAAGAAGCGGUCGAGGGCCCCACAACUGGCCAAGAAGCAGCCGAGGGCUCC